GCCGUCUCGAACAACCUGCCCUGAGAAAGAAGAGAUCUGUAGCGCUGAACACAGAGGAAUAUUUUUACAAGACUUUUAUUGACGCUCGAAGGACAGAAGAACUGCGAACAGCUACAGAGUCUGUUUACCCAGCAAUAAUUCACUGCUUUCCAAAUCAAUCAGGCAGCACCAAAAUGGCAGUACAACAUAUCUUUACUGUUCAGAACCGUGAGCGAAUCCAGGCAGUGGAGAGCACCUUCGGCCGACCCGGAAAGAUGCUUCUCAAACCGGGGCGUAUUCUGGUGGGAGAGGGCUACUUGUCAAAGCUGUGCAGACGUGGACCCAAACCCAAAGCGUUCUUCCUCUUCAAUGACAUUUUGGUCUAUGGUAGAAUCAUGGUGCCCGGUCGCUGGAACAGUAAGCUGAAGAUCAUUCCUUUGGAGGAUGUGCAGCAGGAAGAUCUGGAAGAUGGAGUGGCCAUGCCCAACCAAUGGCUCAUCCGCACGCCACGCAAGUCUUUCUACGUGUCGGCGGCCUCGCCUGAUGAAAAGAACGCAUGGAUGGGACGCAUUGAGCAGUACAAGUCCCUCCUAGUGCAAGCCAAGGGCCUCCCUGCUGACAAAGCUGUACAGAACUUUGCUGCCACCUGGAUCCCUGACAUGGCAUCAGCCAUCUGUAUGCGCUGCUCAAAGCGAUUUAACGUUGCCAAUCGGAGGCACCACUGCCGGAGAUGCGGUUAUAUAGUAUGUAGAGCUUGCUCAAAGAGCCGGGCCUUGAUACCAAACAUCUCCUCCAGACCGGUCAGAAUUUGCCGGGCCUGUGUGAGCAGCGUUCAUGAGGGAAAAGAGCAAGGAAAGCAGAGAGCUAAGGGUAAGCACUGGAAGAAGAACUCCGUAGAGGACACGCCAACGCUACAUGAGUAUGAGACGUCGAGUGAUGACGAGUCCUGUGAGCAGGGCUACCAGGUGCCCACCAAGUGGUUCAAGAGCCCAGAGGAUGAGGAUUACUCCCCAUACUGCUACAUAAAGCCCGAGCACAUGAAUCCUCCCGUCAGUGAACUCUGAACCUGACAGAUGUGAUGAAGUGCUAUUAUGAACUAUGCUGAAACUCGUCAAGAAACUGAAACUGACCUCUCCCAAGAACAGAAGCACAGAGACAAAAGAUUAAUAGCAGUAAUUAUAAAGUAUUUUGCACUAAUGCAUUUGAGUCACUUCUAUGACUUCUGUUUUGCACAUGUAUUUGUAUUUAUAUUUGUAUGUAAGUAUAUGUAUAUUAUAACUUUAUUGUAUAAGAGAUAUUUGUAUUAUAGCUUGUAUAGUAUUAAGGGAACAAUGUGACUUUUGCAAUCAAUACAAUAAAUAAACAUUAUCAUAAAAUACUUUGGCGACUGUAUUAAACACACACAUACACAUGUUGACAUUAUACUCUAUAUAUUACAUCAUCUUACCCUGGAAUUAAAUUACAAAAUAGACACAGAGACAAUAGAGAUUAUUUAAAUUGUUAUUAAUGGAAAUAAAUGGAUUAAUCAUUGAUAAUCAGUAGUCUAUCUUGUUUUUGAGGAAAUACCAAGUGACACACAUGACUGAUCAUGCAUAUUUAAUAAAUCCCAUCAUUUACAA